AUGGAGCUGUAUAGUUCUCCAUGGGGCGGUCAAUCAGCGAAUUCUAGUUCCGGCCAAUUUUAUGCUCCUCCCGAUGUCCCUCCACAUACUUAUCCCCAACAGUACUACGGCCCCAGCUCUUAUCAGCAUUCUGUGCCUCAGUCCGCGACCUUCACUCCGGCCGAAGGACAUGUUUUUGUAAAUCAGUUUGCCCAAAAUGUCGCGAUGCAGUAUGGCUCGGAGGCCAUCGGACAGGGUAGACAAUUGGUCCAAGAAAAGGUUGGGAAGUACUUUUCUUUGUCCAAACUGAAGCACUAUUUUGCUGUUGAUAAUGCAUAUGUUGCCGGAAAACUUGGGAUCCUUUUCUUUCCAUUUUUUCACACGCGAUGGGAUUUGCAAUAUGACGCCAUGGGAGUGGUUUCGCCUCGGGGAGACAUCAAUUCUCCGGAUCUCUACAUCCCCGCGAUGGCCUUCAUAACCUAUGUAGUCGCGGCCGGUGUCUCUCUUGGUGUGGAGGGACGAUUUGCUCCUGACCUGCUGGGCAUCCUCUCAAGCCAGUCUUUUUUCUGGCUUAUUCUCGAGGUCUGCAUGCUCACCCUUGCCCUCUAUCUUCUCAACAUCCAGUCCAGUCUCGGCUACCUCGACCUCCUCGCCUACUGUGGAUACAAAUUUGUUCACAUGAUCACAGUGGUGUUGGUGGCUCUUGUGCUCUCCGCUCCAGGUUACUACUUCGCCCUUGUUUGGACGGGUCUUGCAUUUGCCUUUUUUCAGAAAAUAUUUACAUUAAUUUACCUAAAUCUGCCUGUCAUUCUUUUACCGUGGAUUCAGAUUCGUUCGCUGAAGCUACAGGUGUUGCCACAGGCAGACCGUCAGGCAUCGUUGAGUCCGCGUCGAGGUGUCUACUUCCUCGUCUGCACUGCACUCUUCCAACCCUUCAUUAUCUGGUGGCUCACCAGCUCCGUCAUCCCCACUACUUGGUCCACUGCACCCGUCAUUAGUGUCUGA